GUAAUCUUCCUCCUCCCCCCCAAUUUAACCCCUUUUUUUAAAAAAAUAAAAUUGAAUAAAAUCUUCCUGAAUCUUGUUUUAUAUCCUUCUUUUGAUCCUUUUUUUUCUGGAGCUUGAUCUAUCAUCUUCGUUUUCAAUCUCCAAGAAUGGGUUGAGAUCGGAUUCAGAUGGCGGCGUCAAGACGGUUGCAUGACCUCUAAUCUUAACCAGGGAACAAGAUCUGCGUCGAUUGUGCCCAAAAGAAUUUGCAAUGGGCUUCGGUCUCCUAUGGCAUCUUCAUGUGUUUGGAGUGCUCUGGCAAGCACUGUGGUCUCGAUGUCUAUAUUUCUUUCGUCAGGUCUGUUACCAUGGACUCUUGGUUUCGAUGGAGACCAGGCUGCGUUUGCUGUGGCUGCUCACGAAGGAGAUGAGGUGGUGCCCGGCGGGUGGAACGGGUUGGGCGGUUGGCGCGGGUCGAACGAGUCGAACGGGUUUGGACGGGCCAACUCUCAAAACGGGCCGAAGCAUGCACUCGGCCCGUUUUUAUGCCCGGUUCCUUGGAACCCGACGUUGAGUUCCUUGGAACCCGACGUUGGGUUCCGUCAAACCCAAGGUUGGGUUCCUUGGAACCCAGGCGUUGGGUUCCAUGGAACCUCGGCCUGGGUUCGACGGAACCCGGGUGCUAUGGAACCCAGGCACUGGAUUCCCUCGAACUCAGGCGUGGGUUCAAAGAACUCAGGCGUGGGUUCAAAGAACUCAGUUGGUUCACCACUAGGUUCCUUGGAACCCAGGCGUUGGGUUCCAUUGAACCUAGGCCUGGGUUCAACAGAACUCGACCUUGAAGGAACCCAGCUAGUUCGCCGCUGGGUUCCUUGGAACCUUGGCCUGGGUUCAACGGAACCCGAGUUCGAAGGAACCCAAGGAAAGCAAGGCAAGGAAGAGGAAGGAAAAAGAAAAGGUGCCUAUUGGGUUCGAUUCAAUCCAGGCACUGGGUUUGUUUGGUGGAGGAAGAAGAUGAUGGCAAAUUCAUAAUUUUGGUGGGCUCCACUUUUUUUGGGUUGGACAAGAACAUGACAUGUCACAUUACCAUGUCAUUAUUUAUCCAUUUAUACAAUUGACAUGUCUCAAAUUUUUGACAUGUCAUUAAAUUUUCGUGAGGUAA